CUGCCUGGAAGCGGAAGAGAUGGGAGGAGAUAAAGGGCAAGCUGCAGGCCUGGCGGCCCGGGAGCCCGGGGCGGGGCGCAGGCGGGCCUUCGCUGGUUACUGGUCACAAGUGGCCUGAUCUGGCUCCACCCUCGGGUCUGCCGGGACAAGUUUAUCUUGUGACUGUCCGCGCUGCUUUCCCUUCUUAGAUUGCAGAGCUUUCAUACCCACGAUGCGCUUUCUGGCCGCCACGAUCCUGCUGCUGGCGCUGGUCGCUGCCAGCCUGGCGGAGCCCCUGCACUUCAAGGACUGCGGCUCUAAGGUGGGAGUUAUAAAGGAGGUGAAUGUGAGCCCGUGUCCCACCGAUCCCUGUCAACUGCACAAAGGCCAGUCCUACAGUGUCAACAUCACCUUUACCAGUGGCACUCAGUCCCAGAACAGCACGGCCUUGGUCCACGGCAUCCUGGAAGGGAUCCGGGUCCCCUUCCCUAUUCCUGAGCCUGACGGUUGUAAGAGUGGAAUCAACUGCCCCAUCCAGAAAGACAAGGUCUACAGCUACCUGAAUAAGCUUCCGGUGAAGAGUGAAUACCCCUGUAUAAAACUGGUGGUGGAAUGGAAACUUGAAGAUGACAAAAAGAAUAAUCUCUUCUGCUGGGAGAUCCCAGUUCAGAUCACAAGCUAGGCUCCUUGGCGCCCUGUGUCUGUGGGCUGAGAGGCCAUGGACGGAGGGAGGGGAAGAAACAGAAAUCAGACCCGAAAUGGAAUCAGUGCCAUAUGAUGAACAGAAUUUCAAGAAUGCUGUUUGAUGCCUUUUAACCUCCAAAGAAGUACCUGCAAGCCUACUACUCUUGAGAGCUCAGAGCCAUUGUCCCCCGAGAUAGCCUCUGGGGAGGCUUCGGGAGGGAAAGGGGAAACUGGAAAGAUUAGAUUGGUGUCCAUGGCUGUUUGCUGUUGGAUUACAGGCAGGUUCCACCAGACAGGAUGGGACGGGGUUGCUUAGGGAUGUCAGAUACCUUGGCCCAGGGCUAUGGAUCCACUGUGAAGGAUGGCUUCCCAGAGUGUUCUGGCUGCCUGGGGGUGUUAGCUCCCCUGUUUCUAAGUGCCUCCUGAGUCCCCAGCCCCUGGCUUAUCAGUCAGAUGAGUCUCCUUGGUAGCCUCUGCCCCAACGCUUCAGCAGUAGCGACUAGCUCUCCUCGGUAUCCAGACUGGCUGAGGGGAGGUCUGCCGCAGAAAUUUGUCUCUGAGUGGCUGCGUCUUUGUGGUUAGCUCUCGUUCUUUGGUAGUUUUCAUUAAAGCCAAUCCUUGGUAGCAGGUGCUUGGUUUUGUUUUUUAACGGUAUUUGUCUGUAUCCUCUCUCUGCAUGUAAGGUUGGGCCUCCCCAUAAAUUCUAACUUGCCA